UUAAACGUCAUUGUUACCAGGAACUAAUCGGCGAUCAUUAAAAAGAAGAGAGAAUACGACGUAAAGUUAUGGCGUUUGAAGAUGUCUGGAAGAAAAUCUCCUGGUUGUAUUACCAGUAUAUUCUCGUCACGGCUUUAUACAUGUUGGAACCUUGGGAGAGAGCAAUCUUCAACUCCAUCCUGAUAUCUGUAGCAGGGAUGGCUGUGUACACUGGCUACGUGUUCAUGCCUCAGCACAUCAUGGCCAUACUACAGUACUUUGAGAUGGUUCAAUGACACGAGUUGUACCCAAGCCUGGGCGUGCCUGUGACUGCUGUCACCAUGGAAUUAGAAUGAAUUCUCAUUUUAAUUUUAUGGCUGUCACCUGGACCUGGAGGACAGACGGGGAGAGAGAGAACGAGGAUCUCAUUCCAUUUCCUGGAACUAUUUUUUUCUGUGCUUGUCAUCAUGGAAACAUGAACAGUGUUCUUGGACAGGGUGGGGGGGAGUACAGAGAGUAGUCCAGUGGCACGUCUGAUGUUCUAGGACAUUAAACCAUUGUUGUCUUACUGAGUUGCUUUGCAGUUUGCACAGCAAAUGUAACGGUUUUGUUGUUUCCUAUUGCACAGAUAUACACAGUUAUUAUUCACUGUACCUUUUUAUAAAUUGCUUUUUAUGACAUUCUAAAUCCCUCCUGCAAUUGUGAUUAGAAUCUUUUUCCCCGGAUGGCAUAUUUUAUUACGUAUUCGUAUAUACAAUUGUAUGAGUUUGUAUACAUAUCUGUAAAACUUUCGAUUUGAUAUGUUGGUUAGCAAGAAUGUUAUAUUUGUUAUGAAACUAACUGAGCAGUCUCAGGAUGGAAAGCCACAUUUUGGGGGCAUUGCUGAAGCUAACUGUGACAUUAUCUUUUCUUUAAUAUAUGUAACAAAAAUGACCAAAUGUCUGUAUUCUAAAUCUCAAACAGUUUUUUUUCUUUAAACGUUAAUGUUUCUGAAGUGUCAUUGCUGUUGACACAUGCUCUAAAAUAAAUCUCUUUCGUGUGGAGAAUUUUGAGGCUCCAA